AUGUCCAACUCCAACGUCACGGUGUGUGUGCGAUUCAGGCCGCUCGGCCACAAGGAGAGGAAGGGGAACGAUGACAAGGUCUGCUUCAAGAAACUGGACUCGGAGUCUUUUGUUUUCAAGGAUGAGCGGGACGAAGAUGUCAUAUUCAGCUUUGACAAGGUGUUCUAUGACGACUCGGAACAGUCUGAUGUCUAUAAUUUCCUGGCAAUGCCCAUUGUUACAGAUGCUGUCAACGGAAUAAAUGGCACCAUAAUUACUUAUGGACAGACUGGAGCUGGAAAAACUUAUAGCAUGGAGGGGCCAAGCAUCUUGCACUGCAAUGAGCUGAAAACUGGACUGGUUCAGCGAGUUGUAAAUGGUCUUUUUGAUUGUUUAAGAACAUCAGAAAACAUUACUACUUGGACUGUGAAGUUGUCAAUGGUGGAGAUAUAUUUGGAAAAAGUAAGGGACCUUCUUGACUUGUCCAAGGACAAUCUACAAAUCAAGGAGAGUAAAAGCCAAGGGAUUUUCAUUUCUGGGGCAACAGAGAUAUCUAUUAUGAAUGGUUCAGAUGCCUUGGAACGCCUUUCUCAUGGGUCCACUACAGAUGAGAGGGUAAGGACUGGGAAGAUUAUUCUAGUGGACUUAGCUGGUUCAGAGAAAGUUGAGAAAACUGGUGCUGAAGGGCGUGUUCUUGAUGAGGCUAAAAUGAUCAACAAAUCUCUUUCAGCUCUUGGGAAUGUUAUCAAUGCCCUAACUACGGCUAAACCAAAUCAUGUGCCUUACCGUGACUCGAAGCUUACACGCAUACUUCAAGAUUCACUGUUUAUCAUGAGUUUAUGGCAAUAUCCAUCCAGGACGAAGCUCAUAAAAACUCUACACAAACUGAUUCCUACCGAAUUGGAUAGCACUAUGAAGCACACCCCAUAUUCUCGUGAUCAAGAUGAUCUGCGUGACGGAACCCUGAGCAAGGCUGGUAGCAGCCAAUCUGAGGCGUCCUAUCCCAGCCUUGAUUCUGGCGAUCAUGAUGGUCUGCGUGAAAGGCUACUGAGCAAGCUAAGGUUGAGCCUGAAGGAGGGAGACGUUGACCUGCUGGAGGAGCUGUUUGUGCUGGAAGGGAUCAUCUUCGAUCCCGACUCGGUGGUGCUGAACAUCGACUCAGCGUGCCACGACGAUGCGGGCCGGCAGGUCGCGUCGCUAGUGCAAGCAGUGGAGGAACUCACAGAAACUGUGCAAGAGCUCACUGACGAGAACGAGACGCUGAGGCAUCAGCUCGAGGUCGCACAGGAGAUCGCAGCCCGGGUUCAGUGCGCCGCCACAGACCGGAGCGGUGGUUUGCUGUUCGGUUUUGUGCCGGCAGCGGUCCUCCGUCUCGUCGGGUUCAUGCCAGACUGAUGGCACGACGGCCAGCGUCGCGUACAUUCCGCGAACAUUCCUGCCAUCAAACAUCUUAGCUAAUA